AUAAGAUAGGCGCUCUCGAUGGUGCGCUAUUUUUCAAGAUGUCGUCGCUGGAACAGAGACUCUCCCGAAUCGAGGAGAAAUUGAAGCAGGAAAAUAAAGAAGCUAGGCGAAGAAUUGACCUAAAUAUCGACAUGAGUCCACAACGAUCGCGACCAAGGCCAAUUAUCGUGAUCCAGCUCAGUCCUGCUCCAGCCCCCUCUCAGCGUGCAGCGCUGCAGUUGCCGUUGGCGAAUGAUGGAGGGAGUCGUUCCUCGUCGUCAGAGAGCUCUCCUCAGCACCACUCGUACCCCUCCCGCCCCAAACAGCUGCUCACGCUGCCCACACCCCCCUACUGCCUGCCCAAGAGCCUGGAGAAUGCUGAGAUUGACCAGAAGCUGCAGGAGAUCAUGAAACAGACUGGAUACCUGAAGAUAGACGGGCAGAGAUACCCUGCUGAAGUAGCAGACCUGAUCAGCGAAGGGGAGAUCGGCAGCGGGACCUGUGGUCAGGUGUUCAAGGUGCGCUUCAAGAAGACCGGACAUGUCAUCGCCGUCAAGCAAAUGCGGAGGACGGGGAAUAAGGACGAGAACAAACGGAUCCUGAUGGACCUGGAUGUGGUGCUGAAGAGCCAUGACUGCCCUUAUAUCAUCCAGUGCUAUGGAGCUAUAGUAACUAACACUGACGUGUUCAUCGCCAUGGAGCUGAUGGGCACGUGUGCUGAGAAGCUGAAGAAGAGAAUCCAGGGACCCAUCCCAGAGCGGAUCCUCGGCAAGAUGACUGUCGCGAUUGUGAAGGCGCUGCUGUACCUGAAGGAGAAGCAUGGCGUGAUCCACAGAGACGUGAAGCCCAGUAACAUCCUGCUGGACGCCAAGGGCCAGAUUAAACUCUGUGACUUCGGCAUCAGCGGACGCCUCGUCGACUCCAAGGCCAAGACCCGCAGCGCCGGCUGUGCCGCGUACAUGGCACCUGAGAGAAUAGAUCCUCCAGACCCCAGUAAACCAGACUAUGACAUCAGAGCUGACGUGUGGAGCCUGGGCAUCUCUCUGGUGGAGCUGGCCACAGGACAGUUCCCCUACAAGAACUGCAAGACGGACUUCGAGGUCCUGACCAAAGUGUUGCAGGAGGACCCGCCGGUGCUGCCGCUAGGCAUGGGAUUCUCCACUCACUUUCAGUCCUUCGUCAAAGACUGUCUCACAAAGGAUCACAGAAAAAGGCCAAAAUACCACAAGCUGCUGGAACACCCUUUCAUCCGGCGUUAUGAGGUGGUGGAGGUGGAGGUGGCUGCCUGGUUCCAGGAGGUCAUGGAGCGCACCGAGUCGCCCCGCAGUUCUCAAUGCUUUAGCCAACAACACCUGCACUCGCUCUUCAACAGGUAGAGCAGAGGAGUAACCACACACACACACACACACACACACACACACACACAAACACCCCCCGCACCGAGUCGCCCCGCAGUUCUCAAUGCUUUAGUCAACAGUACUUACACACACACACACACACAGAGGCUAUACACGUAUGUGUUAAAUUCAAUUAUAACCCCCUUUGUUGCGUCACGUCGACAAGAAUCAGAGCUGUGGCACACACCCCUCCUCCUCCCACACACACACACACACACCUCUCCUCACACACACACACACACACAUUGUAUACCCUCAUGUAAUUAUUCAGAUAUAACUGUCAAUACUGCGUAAGCUUCUCUACAGUUAAAGCUGGUAGCAAAACUAAGACACUAGUGUACACACACAUACACACACACACACACACACACAUACACAAACCCUGCUCUAUACACACCACACUGCUAGACACACACUCUACAUACAUGCACGCUACCAGAAUGUCACCUCUGAGACACACACACACACACACACACACACACACACACACACACACACUAUAAAUACAUGCACGCUACCAGAAUGGAAAGAAGAAGAAGAAGAGGAGGAAGACUGAGAAUGGACUAAUGGACAAGAAGGAGGUGUUACAUACAAUUAUAACACUCAGUUAAUAAACACACACACACACUCAUCGUGUUGGAGGAGAACGGACUAAUGGACACAAGUGGGGCAAAAGAAGAAGAAGAGGAAGACUGGAGAGAUGAACUGUGACAACGACAGACAGAGAGAGAGAGAAAGAGAGAGAG